AUGAUAUGUGUGCCUUAUGCCUCCUAUUCCCAUGCAGGGUCCUCUUGCUCAGAAGACAAAAACCAGUCACUGAAAACAGACAGCGGGUCCAUCAUGGAUUUGGCAGUAGGAAUGAUCUCUUUACUACAGACAGUAAUCGGACUCCUGGGGAAUUUCACUCUGCUUUAUCAUUAUGUCUUCCUUUAUUUCACUGGGUGCAGGCUGAGGCCAACAGAUUUGAUUGUCAACAGCCUGAUUGUGGCCAAUUCCUUGGUUCUGUUCUCUAGUGGAAUCACCUUUACCAGGUCAUUUUCUCGGUCAUACGACCAUCUCAGAGAUUUUGGAUGCAAAUUUAUUUCCUAUAUGCGUUCAGUGGGCAGGGGUGUGUCCAUUGGCACCACCUGCCUCUUGAGCAUCUUCCAGGCCAUCAUCAUCAGCCCCACGAACUCCAGGUUGGCAGGGCUUAAACAAAAAGCUCCCAAGUACAUUGUUGCUUCUGUUUUCCUGUACUGGAUCCUGCAAAUCUUGGUAAAUGUCAUUUUUCUUAAGCAUAUGUCUAGUACUUGGAGAAGUGAAAAUAUCAAAACCAGAAAAAAGUUGGGAUUCUGUUCCUAUAUUUAUCUUAAUGAGACCAGGGACACAUAUGCAGUGUUGAUAACAUUCCCUGAUGUUGUAUGUUUCGUGCUCACACUCUGGGCCAGCAGCUUCAUGGUCUUCAUCCUGCACAGACACAAACAGAGGGUCCGACACAUUCACAGGACCUCCGUCUCCUCCCAGUCCUCCCCUGAGUCCAGAGCUACCAAAACCAUUCUUCUCCUGGUGAGCACCUUUAUCUUUUUGAACACCUUUUCUUUCACCUUUCAUAUUAUUUUCACUGUUUUAAGCAAUCCCAGCAUGUUUCUCCCUGACAUCUAUAUAUUAAUCACUCUGAGUUUCCCCACCGUCAGUCCCUUUCUGAUCUUGAGCCGUGACUCCAGUGUCUCCAGGCUCAGCUUUGCCUGGAUAAAAAAUGCAAAAUUCUCUAAUUGUAUGAGAAAUUUGUAA